GGCGGAUUUUCCGCCGGACCAAAAAGCGGAGUGCACCGACUGUCGCGGGAGCAGCUUCUCCGUUUCUUGCUCCCGCGACAUGGCUUUCAACUUCGGGGCUCCCUCGGGCACUUCGGGCACCGCUGCGGCCACUGCAGCCCCCGCGGGUGGGUUCGGAGGAUUUGGGACAACAACUACAACAGCAGGUUCUGCAUUCAGCUUUUCUGCUCCAACUAACACAGGCACUACAGGACUCUUUGGUGGUACUCAGAACAAAGGUUUUGGAUUUGGUACUGGUUUUGGCACAACAACUGGAACUAGUACUGGUUUAGGUACUGGUUUGGGAACUGGACUGGGAUUUGGAGGAUUUAAUACGCAGCAGCAGCAGCAGCAGCAACAACAAACCACAUUAGGUGGUCUCUUCAGUCAGCCUACACAAGCUCCUGCCCAGUCCAACCAACUCAUAAACACUGCGAGUGCUCUUUCUGCUCCAACGCUGUUAGGAGACGAGAGAGAUGCUAUUUUAGCGAAAUGGAAUCAACUGCAGGCCUUUUGGGGAACAGGAAAAGGCUAUUUCAACAAUAAUAUUCCACCAGUGGAAUUCACACAAGAAAAUCCCUUUUGUCGAUUUAAGGCAGUAGGUUAUAGUUGUAUGCCCAAUAAUAAAGAUGAAGAUGGGCUAGUGGUGUUAGUUUUCAACAAAAAAGAAACAGAUAUUCGAAGCCAGCAACAGCAAUUGGUAGAAUCGUUGCAUAAAGUUUUGGGAGGAAACCAGACCCUUACAGUAAAUGUAGAGGGUAUUAAAACAUUGCCAGAUGAUCAGACAGAAGUUGUCAUUUAUGUUAUUGAGCGUUCUCCAAAUGGUACUUCAAGAAGAGUUCCAGCUACCACACUGUAUACCCAUUUUGAACAAACCAAUAUAAAAACCCAGCUGCAGCAACUUGGUGUAACCCUCUCGAUGACUAGAACAGAACUUUCUCCUGCACAGAUCAAACAGCUUUUACAGAAUCCUCCUGCUGGUGUUGAUCCUAUUAUCUGGGAGCAAGCCAAGGUGGAUAACCCUGAUCCUGAAAAGUUAAUUCCUGUACCAAUGGUGGGUUUCAAAGAACUUCUUCGAAGACUAAAGGUUCAAGAUCAGAUGACUAAGCAGCAUCAGACCAGAUUAGAUAUUAUAUCUGAAGAUAUUGGUGAAUUACAGAAGAAUCAAACUACAACUAUGGCCAAAAUUGCACAGUACAAGAGGAAACUCAUGGACCUUUCCCAUAGAACCUUACAGGUCCUCAUCAAACAGGAAAUUCAGAGGAAGAGUGGGUAUGCCAUCCAAGCUGAUGAAGAGCAGUUGCGAGUUCAGCUAGAUACAAUUCAGUGUGAACUAAAUGCACCUACUCAGUUUAAGGGCCGACUUAAUGAACUGAUGUCCCAAAUCAGGAUGCAGAAUCAUUUUGGAGCAGUCAAAUCUGAAGAAAGAUACUACAUAGAUGCAGAUCUGUUACGAGAAAUUAAGCAGCAUUUGAAACAACAACAGGAAGGCCUCAGCCAUUUGAUCAGCAUCAUAAAAGAUGACCUAGAAGAUAUAAAAUUGGUAGAGCAUGGAUUGAAUGAAACCAUCCACAUCAGAGGUGGUGUCUUUAGUUGACAGAUCAUAAACUUGUGUUCAAGGUUUGUGAAAUGUAUCUUCUUGCUACAUGGGACCUUCUGUAAGAACGAAACUGACCACAUGGAGAAAAAAAGAAAAUCCUUUCCUGGCUUGGUUUUUGAGAAGGUAACUGACAAACUGUUUUGCAGAUUUUAAAUGUCACUUCACAGCUCUUCAAAGUUAGCCUUUGAAAGAUUUCUACCUAAAAGCUGUUAUUUACUUGAGAAGUAUAUAAUUACCAACAAUGUACUAUGGUACAUUUUUGAAAAGCAUUUUUCUGAAAAAUAAUCAGUGUUUAAUGAUUAUUCUCCACUGAGCCCGUAUUCUGCUUUCCAUAGCAAGUUAAUAUGCAAUAUCUACUUUGCACAUAAAAUGUAUUACUACUUGGCUGUUGGAGAUUUGUACUUUAGAAUAUGAAUGUACAUCGGUUUUUAUAUUUGUGAAUUCAUCUGUGGGAGGAGUAAAGAGAAUCCAAGAGUA